UUCCGGUUACUUCCCACAUGCGUGAUUGUUUACGCCUACAAACCUGUUCAUGAAUUGGACGUUGUUGAUGGCCCCAGAAGGAUCAGCAGUGAAGCAGAUAUUACCCAUAAUUAACAUUUUGAUGAAGUCAUCGAUAUGCUGCGAGGCAAAACUAUUAUCGUGACCGGGGCAAACAGUGGCAUUGGAAAAGCCACGGCUGUGGAGCUGCUGCGGCGUCAGGGCCGGGUGAUCAUGGCAUGUAGAAGCCGAGAACGAGCGGAGAAAGCAGCCCAGGAGAUUAAGCAGGAGGCCGGACCAGAGCAAGGGGAACUAGUGGUAAAACUCUUGGACCUGGCAUCGCUUAAAUCGGUCCGUAUUUUUAGCGAAGAGAUAAUCAAGGAAGAGUCAAGAAUUGACAUCCUGAUUAACAAUGCUGGAAUCUACCAGUGUCCUUACACCAAAUCAGAAGAUGGGUUCGAGAUGCAGUUUGCUGUCAAUCAUCUAGGUCACUUCCUGCUCACAAACCUCCUGUUGGACCUCCUGAAACAUUCCGCUCCUAGUCGCAUCAUUGUGGUGUCCUCCAAACUUUACAAGUAUGGCGAAAUAAACUUUGAUGACCUGAACAGCUCGCAGAGCUACGAUAAAGCUUUCGCUUAUGCACGGAGUAAACUAGCCAACCUUCUCUUCACAUUGGAGCUCUCGCACAGACUUGAGGACACAGGAGUGACCGUAAACGCUCUCACCCCAGGGAUCGUGAGGACUAACCUGGGCCGACAUGUCCACAUCCCGCUGCUGGUGAAGCCUCUGUUUAACCUGGCUUCACGGGCCUUCUUCAAGUCCCCCGAGGAGGGUGCGCAGACUUCUAUCUAUCUGGCCUGCUCUGAAGAUGUGGACGGCAUUCAAGGGAAGUGCUUUGCUAACUGUCUUGAGGAACAGCUGUUAGCUAAGGCCACAGAUGAGGAGGUGGCCAAGAAACUGUGGGACAUUAGUGAAGUAAUGGUGGGCAUCACAACCUGAAUCUUACAAACUUAAGAAUUGAAUUCAUGUACAUGAUUAUUUCAGAUCUGGCAGUAAAUAAAACACAGUUUUUUUCCAUCAAGUAUUUUGGAAAGACUUUGUCUCGAAAAUAAAACGUGCAAAAUUUACUCAUGCUAAUAUCCACAGGAGGGAGCUGUUUUAGCCAUUCAUAUUUACUUUUGCAUUUGAAAUAAUAACCAUACAGUUGCUGUGUGUGUGUGUGUGUGUGUGUGUGUGUUUUAAAUUAACUAUUUAUAUUUUAACUUAAACUCAUCUUUAGAUAUCCUGUUCCACAUUUCAGUUCUUAUGUUUUCCUGAGAUAGUAAUUAAUCCUGGGAGACAAAGAUUUCAAACGUACACAACACAUGAUCACAUGUUGGUUAAGACUAGAUACAGGCGUCUUUGAGUUUGCAUGCACAGUAUUGAAUAUUUCUGCCCAAAUCCUGCUCUAUUGUUUCAUCUUUCUGCUGUUAGAAGUGAAAUAAUUAACAGUAACACUGCAUUUGAUUUUCACAUCUCUUAUGGAAGAUCAGUGGAAAGGCAUUCUCGGUUACAGUACUUAAUAAAGAAGCAUUAAACAAAGCAAAAGUAUAUUAGUAUCUCUAUUCUGAAUAUGCACUUUAUUGUUUAAACAACAUAAUAAAUGAAUGUAUUGUUUUUGUGGCACAA